GUAGAUUUGAUUUGCGUUUGCUUCGAAAAUCAAUUCAUGGUUAUAUGUGGCUUGAUUUACCCCUUGGAGUACUCAACCACUGUUUCUAAUGGUGAAGCUACCGAACCGAUAGCGUAGGAUGAAAUUCAAAGCAUUAAUUUGCUUGGUUUGCGUAUACUAUAGGAUAUGUUUAGCGACUUCUCCAAGGAUUUUAUACGCUAACCGGAGAGACAUCAGAAUAGUGCGACCCAGUCCAAAGAACCCAAAUGAAACUAUUGUAGUUGUUGGUCUUUUAGAUGCUAUCGCUGUGGAUUUCAGCUAUGAAGAUGGAUUUAUAUUUUGGACCGAUGUUAGUGUUGAGAAAAUCAAACGAAUUAGUAUGACGGGAAGUCCUGACUCAAGAAAAGUUGAGGAUGUUGUAUCAGUGGGUUUGAAAAAGCCCGAAGGAUUAGCCGUAGAUUGGGUUGGAAAAAAGUUGUAUUGGACAGAUUGUAGAGAUUCUGACUGGGAAACGAACAGAAUCGAAGUUGCAAAUUUUGAUGGAUCUUACCGUAAAGUUCUUUUUUGGAAGAAUUUGGGUCUUCCAAGAGCGAUUGCUGUGGAUCCACUCAAGGGGUUCAUGUUUUGGACAGAUUGGGGAGAACAACCCAAAAUAGAGCGAGCUGAAAUGGAUGGCUCUAAUCGUUCCAUAAUUGUCAGACAAGACAUUCAUUGGCCUAAUGGGCUAACAAUAGACUACGCUGCACAGAAAAUUUACUGGACAGAUGCAAAAUUGUUUUACAUAGCUAAAGCUAAUUAUGAUGGUACAAACCGAGAGAGAAUAUUUAAAUCUCCAAAUCAAUGUAUUAUGGCAAAUCAGGCUCAUCCAUUUGCUUUGACAUUAUAUGAAAACAAAAUUUAUUGGACAGAUUGGAAUUCUAAAGGGAUACAUGCUGCAAAUAAAAACAAUGGUAUGCGGUGUCAAAUAGUCUUGUCAAGUUCCAAUUCACCCAUGGAUAUACAUGCAUAUGAACCAAAAAGACAGUUGCAAAGGCCAGGUCAAAAUCCCUGUAAUUCUACUCUCAAUGGAGGGUGUAGCCAUCUUUGUUUAUUGAAUACUCAUGGUCGCUCUUGUGCGUGCCCCACUGGUGUGAAGCUUUUGUCUAAUGGGAAAACAUGUGAACAAGGCCCUUUCCACUUUUUAUUACUGGCAAGAAAAGGGGACCUGCGGCGAAUAUCACUUGAUACACCUGAUCUCACUGACGUUGUUUUACCAGUUUCGGAAAUCAGUCAUGCAGUGGCUAUUGAUUUUGAUCCAGUGGACAAAUAUGUUUACUGGAGUGAUGAUGACAGACUCGAGAUAAAAAGAUGCCGGUUGAAUGGAAAAGAUGUUCAGACAGUAGUAAGGAGUGAGCUGAAAUAUCCUGAUGGCAUUGCUGUUGACUGGGUGGCACGGAACUUGUAUUGGACAGACACAGGCACUAAUAGAAUUGAAGUCAGCAGGCUGAAUGGCUCAGCUAGGAAAGUUCUCAUUGAUGAAAAUCUUGAUGAACCAAGAGCAAUAGCAUUGGAUCCAACUAAGGGGUACAUGUACUGGACUGAUUGGGGAAAGCACCCAAAGAUUGAGCGAGCAGAGCUGGAUGGGAGUCACAGAGUCAUCUUAGUGAACUCCUCCGUUGCAUGGCCAAACGGCCUUACCAUUGACUAUGUGAGGCAAAAGAUUUACUGGGCUGAUGCUAGGAAUGACAAGAUAGAAGUCAUGAACUAUGACGGGAGUGCUCGCCGUAUUAUUUUAGAUAGAAAAUUGCCGCAUGUGUUUGGUUUUACUGUCCUGGGGAAUAAUCUUUAUUGGACGGACUGGCAGAGGAGGUCAAUAGAGAGUGUGAACAAAAGAACUGGUGAAAACAGAAAAGUACUCAUUGAAGGCUUGCCUGAUCUUAUGGGACUCAAAGCUGUAAACCUCAACCUCUCUUAUGGUUCCAAUGCUUGUCAACGCAAUAAUGGAGGCUGCAGUCAUUUGUGUUUAUACACACCAUCAGGACCCAAAUGUGAAUGCCCAACAGGAAUGGAGCUUCUCUCUGAAAAGAAAAGGUGUAUAUUACCAGAAGCUUUUCUUGUGUUCUCAAAUGCUGAUGAUAUCAGGAGAAUUUCUUUGGAAACUAACAAUGAUUUGAUCAUUCCAUUGGUUGGGAUUAAAGAAGCAAAUGCUCUUGAUUUCAGUGUUCACGACAUGCAGAUUUAUUGGUCAGAUUUGACCCUCAAGACUAUUAGUCGCGCGUUUUUGAAUGGUAGCAAUGUGCAGCACUUGAUUGCUGUAGACUUGUCAUACCCUGAUGGCUUGGCUGUGGACUGGAUUGCCAAGAACCUUUACUGGACAGAUUCAAAGCUCCAGAGAAUAGAGUUAUCACGGCUGGAUGGCCAGCACCGGAAAAUGCUGAUUUGGAAGGAUUUAUGGGAACCACGAGAAUUGACUCUCGAUCCUGUGUCUGGGCAUAUGUACUGGGCAAACGGUGGAUGGCAUCCAAUGAUAGAGAGAGCAGACCUGGAUGGUUCUAAUAGACAGACAAUCAUCCCAAAUGUCACUCGUCCAACUGGGCUGACAAUUGAUUUCGCUGCCAAAAUGAUAUUAUGGGUUGAUAGCGAGAACAAAGUGAUCGAGUGUGCAAAUUUGAACGGUUCAAACAGGCAGGUUAUUGCAUCGGAACUUCCAAAGCCAUUUGCUUUGACCCAGUUCAAGGGUUACAUUUAUUGGACAGAUCAGAAACUCGGCUCAAUCUACCGCGCUAACAAAACGAAUGGAAUGGAGAGGACUCAGAUAAAGGGCAACAUAGAAUUUACUAUCAUGGACAUCUUGGUUUUUCACGGCAGCAGACAAGAAGGUUCCAAUCCCUGCGCCUUCAAGAAUGGAGGAUGUAGUCACCUGUGUCUGGCUAAACCUGGAAAUAGAAAAGAGUGUUCCUGCCCUACACACUAUACCUUAUCCUUGACUGACAAUAAAAGUUGCUUAGCCCCUCGUGUUUUCAUGCUGUACAGCACCAAAGAAGACAUUCGACGAAUCCUAUUCAAUUCAUCCGAGAACCUUGAUGUUGUUUUACCCGUGCGAGGUUUGUCAGAUGUCCAGGCCAUUGACUUCGACAUCAACAGCCAUCGUGUCUUCUGGAUCGAGGAAUCCCGCAUUAAAUUUGCAUAUCAAAACGGCUCCGUUAAGGACAACAGCUUAAAUCUGGCUGCAAAUGCGUCUCCAUUUGAUUUCGCCAUUGACCCGUAUGCGAAGCAAUUGUUUUGGACGGACUCUAUUACUAACAGUAUCAAUGUGUACAGUUUACGAAACAACACCAACCUGGGAAAAGUGUUUAAGAAAGAAGGCGUUUCUCCUCGCUCAAUUGUACUUUAUCCUGAGAAAGGGCUUAUGUACUUCACUAAUGUCGGUUCAAACACCAAGGGUAUCAUGAAAGUGCCAAUGGCUGGGGCAGACAAAGUGCAACUUUCCAAAGACAAUCUGCGUCUGUUCAGUGCCGACUCUCCGGGAGACUUGGCAGUGGAUAAAGAAGGCAAGAAACUUUACUGGACUGACACGCAACGGAAGAAGAUUGAGUAUGGCGACCUCGGAGGGACCAACAGAGCCACUUUGGUCGAGAGACAUAUAUUGAAUCCCAUUGGUCUGGCAGUUUAUGGGAAUUAUGUGUACUGGAUCGACCAGGAGUCACGCCUCCUUAAGAAAAUUGAAAAGAUAGGUGAAGUGAGCGAAGACUUUGGCAAGACGGUGCAAGCCUCCAUCAAUGGUUUGACAGAUAUGAUUGUGGUUGAUACAAGGAAGUCAACAGGUACGGACCCACAUUAUCAUCCUUGUAUCAGGAACCAUUGUUCACACAUCUGUUUGGUGGGCGAUCACAACAAAGCUCAGUGUUCUUGCCCUAUGGACAUGAUCCUAACUGAGGACAAUUCAACUUGCGGACCUCCCAAGGAAUGCAAGCCAAACCAGUUUCCCUGUCCAAGCGGGGUUUGCCUAUCAAAAGAGUGGGUUUGUGAUAAAACUCCGGACUGUGAGCCGGAUGGUGCUGACGAAAAGGACUGUCCGCUUUGCAAAGAUGAUGAAUUCGCUUGCCGCACCGGAGGUCAGUGUAUCGAUGCGGAGAAAGUGAAUGACGGCGAGGGUGAUUGUGAUGACAACUCGGACGAGUCGAAUUGCUCGUCGAAAUGCCAAAAGGGUGAGUUCGGAUGCUAUGAUGAAACCAACGACUGUAGGUGUAUCUCUCUUGACUGGAUGUGUGAUGGAACGGCAGACUGCGUUGACAAUAUAGAUGAAAUGGAUUGUGUGGAUACUCCAAAGAAUGGCACAGACCCAGUACCUCGUCCAAUUCAACCUUCAAAUCUCAGUGGUAAAAUGGUGGCCGUCAUUGUAGCGUCGAUUAUUGUGGGUGUCAUCUUCCUCACUGUCGCUGUCCUCAUCUGUCGCAGGCUCAAGCACGGCCCAGACUGUGACGUAACUCACGAUAUCGGAUUAGUCGUGACUCCAGUCCUUCAUCCUAGGCCUGCCUCGUCGGCAUCGUCCUCAUCGUCAACAUCAUCUCGGCAUGACAUGUUUGUGACGGCACCUUUACGAAGAGGUCCCGGAUCAGCGGGUUCAUCGCAUAAGCGUUCGAAAUCGAACGGAACGGCCCCGAGCUUAAGCAACCGUUCAAGCGCCUCACAAACGGCAUACGACCGGAACAAUUUGACUGGAGCUUCGUGCUCGUCAACAGCAUCAACAGUUGUCACAGCGUACUUCCAUGAGCCCCUGAACCCGCCGCCAUCGCCGGUUACGGAACGUUCCCAGUACACCUCGCGAUCACGUCAAUAUUGUGAGUCCUUGUUACCACCGUCUUCAUGUACAUCAUACAGAUAUCAUCGGCCUAAAAUGCCUCCGCCUCCUACGCCUGUCUCCACCGACGUGGAGUCGGUUGGGAGUCGGCAUCAUUGUCGCAGACUGCACCGUUGUAGGCACAAACGUUACGCGGCGUCCUCCUGCACGGAGGCGGCGUAUGAUUCAGAUUUGUUCGCACCGCCUCCGACGCCAAACACGAACUAUCUUUCAGAAGCGACACAUUUUUCGGAUCAGGAGGGUCCACCUCCUUCUCCUGCUUUGACUGAAAGACACUUUUUCGCUCAUCCUUACCCUCCUCCACCCUCUCCAGUGACUGAUGCACCGUCAGUGAUUUUGUAACGCAAUUGUUCAGGAGAGGGUUCUGUCGCGUGUUCCCCCUGUCACGCAAUUGUCAGGGUUUUCCAAUGUGGUACAGGGUAGAUAUCACUUCGGAGCUCAAGAGACUGGACGAUACUCUUAUCAUCUUGGGUGACCGUGGUUGUUGCUACAGAUACGCCUAACAUGCACAAUUUUCAGCGCACGUUUCGCGAGAAAGUGAGGAAAAAUUCACAGUAUCGUCAAGAUUAUCCAGGUUACCCCAAUAACAACUUAAUUUCAGUGGAAAGGAAAUGUAGUGACGUUUUCUAGGGGUUCAGAAGAAACCUGAAAAGGAAGUGUAUAUCGGCGACUCAUUGUGCACUGCAAUUAAACAGGCGAUUCCUGAAGUUGGCAGUUAAUUUUCAAAAUAUCUCGAGGGUUAAAGUCUACGAAUGUUUUGUACUCCUUUAAAUUUAUGCCUUAGUCUUUUUAACUUUCCAUAUUUCGGUUCCAAAUUUUGUGCCAAUUUGGAGUUCAGAACAUGUUGAAAGUUUCCCUCGGAAGGAAGUCUUUCCAAGUAAAUUUACUCUUCACGGUUGGCGAUUUACGAAUGGUCGCUCGUGAAUUCUCCGUGAUCAGUGAUAAAUUAUAAUUCUUUCUGAAAAAUUAUCGAUGGCAUCAGUAACUAUUAUUAGCGAACAGUGAAAAUCAUUUCUAGAACACUACGGACCAUUAUUGUCAUUGGCGAGGCACCGAUGGUCAAUGGUGGGCCGCUCAUGGCCGAUGGUGGACCACUUCUGGGCAAUGGUGGACCACCAAUGGUCAGAAAUUAAUUUGUCAUAAAUAAGAGUGGGUACACAUUACUACGCAAAUUUCUUGGUAUAACAAGAUUUAAUUUUUUGAAAAUCUUUGUCCGUGCGACAAAAUUCUGCUCCCGCAACAAGUCGCCUAAAUUCAAACUGGUUUGAACUUUUCUAGUGAUCGUUGCUAUGACAUGGGUCGCAGCGACUUGGUCCGGAAGCAGUGCUCACGAGGUGGUUUUUCGUGCAGACCUGCCGCGGCGAGUAGGCGCCUGUUAGGUCCUGUAAGUUAGGUGAAUCGAGGAUCAUUGAUGAACCGUUAGGUACCAUAGGUGACUCAUUCCUAUUCAUUGAUGAGGUCAUUUGCGCUAUUUCUGCGCAAUCAAGUAGAAACAUUAACAUGGCUUUUAACAGUUUCAAACAGUGUCAAAAUUAUUUAUUGUAAAUAUUGUACAUAAUUUGUAAAUGGUGCUUUACAUUUAACCUAGAGUAUCUAUUGUCAAGCAGUUUUGCUGGUGACUUUUAAAUUUUCCUAGAUUAAUAUAUUUUUAAUAAAGAUGUUUGUAUACAUG